GGGGACCCGACCGACCGACCCCAAACGAAUGCACCUGCACCUGCACCUGCACUGCACUGCACUGCACAGACGCACGUCCAUUGUCUGCACCUCACGCUCCAAGCCAUCACGACCAGCAGUUGGCUCGGCUCUCUCUCCCCUGGCUCCCUCCCCCCGGCGGCAGGCAAGCAGACCCGGUCCUGGAUCCUGGACAGACAGAUAAUACCACAGUAGGCCUGUUUCGGGCAGUGCGUUUCGACAACUUGACGCCGACGAGCAGGGAGGAGAGGGGGGGUGCAUCGAGCGCCUCGCCUUUGAUUGCUGAUUCGCGCCCUGAAUCACGGCCCGCACCCAUCCGUCCAUUCAUCCAACCAUCCAUCCAACACAACCAACCAUUCGCGCCUAGCAGGUAGUCCUGCUGCUUCCUGCCGCUGCUGUUACUACUGCUGGCCCAGGCUGUAAGACGAACGACCCCAAGCCUUGCGUGGGGUCGCUCUCGUCUGUCUGUGCCUUUGGUCCGUCCGUGGUCGGUCGUCCCAACAGCCACCGCGCACAUACGCGGGCGACUUUGUCAAACGGUCAGUAUAUAUUCGCAACGCCGGCGCCCUGCCGCUCCCUUCCCUUUUCGUUUUUGCUGCUUGCUUCCUUGUACCACUUUCAAUAGCAGUCAAGUCACUUGCUCUUUCCAAUCUCUCUCCUCCUCUUCGUCCUCCCACCACCCCUCGCCCUGCGUGGCAACUCCUCCACCUUAAAACAUCAACACUACAACAUCGCCAAGGGCAUCGCUCGUCACAAACCAUCCCCCAUCAGCAACCAUGCUCGGCUCCAUGCUGACCGCCACAAGCCUGCUCGGCAUGGCGCACGUCGCGUCGGCCGCCGGCAGCACGCUGUUCGUCUCGUCGUACAACAGCAAGGUCACGACGCUCAACGUGGGCGCCGACGCCUGCAAGGCGGGCUCCCCCGUGCCAAAGCUCCAGACGGUCGCCGAGUCGUCGGGCUGCGGCGAGAGCCCUUCGUGGCUCACCCUCGAUCACACCAAGGGCCUGCUCUACUGCGUCGACGAGCAGCUCCAGUCGAGCGGCGGCGCGCUCGCCUCCUUCAAGACCAAUGCCGACGGCAGCCUCAAGUCUUUGGCCAAGGUCAACACGUCUUCGGGCCCCGUCAGUAUCGCCGUGUACGGCAAGGGCGGCAAUGGCCUGGCCCUUGCGCACUACGGCGGCUCUGCCUUCUCGACGUGGGACGCCACGGACCCCUCCCACCUGGUCAACAUCCAGACGGAGACGUACAAGUUCACCAAGCCGCCCGCGGAUCCGCCCCGCCAGACCGCACCGCGCCCGCACGAGGCCUACCUCGACCCGACCAAGAAGUUCAUCGUCGUGCCCGACCUGGGCACCGAUGAGCUGCGCCUCUACGCCGUCGGCGCCGACAGCCUGACCACCACCAAGCUCGAUUCGGUCGCCGCGCCAGCCGGUUCUGGCCCGCGCCAUGUCGACUUCGUCAAGCGCGCCGGCAGCACCUUCAUGUACCUCGUCACGGAGCUGUCGAGCCAGAUCGUUGGCUACAAGGUGACGUACCCGGCCGACGGCAAGAUUGCGUUCAAGCAGCUCUGGGUGAUGAGCGCCCACGGCUGGGACAAGCCUACGCCCAAGCAGGCGUACGCCUCGGAGAUUGUCGUCUCGCCCGACCAGAGGUUCGCCAUUGUGUCGUCGCGCAACGAAAACAGCUUCACGGUGCCCAACUUCGACCCGUCCAACUCGACGCAAAUCGUUUCGGAUCCGCUCAUCAACUUCCGCAUCGACGACGAGGGCGGCCUCACGGCGGUGCAGGAGGUGGCGGCGGGCGGCAAGUACCCGCGACAGUUUUCCCUCAACAAGGCCGGUACUCUCGUGGCCGUGGGCCUGCAAAAUGACAACCGCGUCGCGCUCAUCAAGCGGGAUCCGCAGUCGGGCAAGCUGGGCGGCUUCGUGGGCUACACGGAGCUGGGCGGGCAGAUUACCUCGGUCAUCUUUAACGAAUAGAGGGAGGCGCUGCGCAAUAGAGCGUACGUUGUCGUAGAGCCGUGCAUGAUUAUCCGUAGAUAGUUUUUUUUUUCUCUCGGUAGAGGAAAUGACACGCAUAAAUACACUCCACGGGAGGAAAGGG